AUGGAGUGUGACCAAGAAUCAGUGAUCAGAGUCACCAAUGGAGUAUGUGUGACUGUUCCUUCUUGCGAUGCUUUUGACCUCUCCCUGGCGAGCCAGUGUGCUUACACUAGCAGGACGGCAGAGUAUGCUCAUACCUGCGAGACUCGUAAUCCAUGUACCAUCGCUGACGAAUGCAGUGUGGGUGGACCAUGCGCAGGGGAGUACAGUUACCUCCACGUGGAGUAUGAAUGUGUUCCAGGUAUGACAGAUGAGGCGACAAUCAACUUGAAUAUAAACCAUCACAUAAGUCUUAACGAUGAUAAAUGGCUCAUUAUAGGUACCUGCGCCGUGGACUUGGAUUGCGAGUACGGAGGAACUUGUGAUUUGACUACAUUGAUGUGCAUGUGUGCAACUGGGUACACUGGUACAACCUGUGGAACAGGUGCCUGCGCCGUGGACUCGGAUUGCGAGUACGGAGGAACUUGUGAUUUGACUACAUUGAUGUGCAUGUGUGCAACUGGGUACACUGGUACAACCUGUGGAACAGGUGCCUGCGCCGUGGACUCGGAUUGCGAGUACGGAGGAACUUGUGAUUUGACUACAUUGAUGUGCAUGUGUGCAACUGGGUACACUGGUACAACCUGUGGAACAGGUGCCUGCGCCGUGGACUCGGAUUGCGAGUACGGAGGAACUUGUGAUUUGACUACAUUGAUGUGCAUGUGUGCAACUGGGUACACUGGUACAACUUGUGGAACAGGUGCCUGCGCCGUGGACUCGGAUUGCGAGUACGGAGGAACUUGUGAUUUGACUACAUUGAUGUGCAUGUGUGCAACUGGGUACACUGGUACAACCUGUGGAACAGGUGCCUGCGCCGUGGACUCGGAUUGCGAGUACGGAGGAACUUGUGAUUUGACUACAUUGAUGUGCAUGUGUGCAACUGGGUACACUGGUACAACCUGUGGAACAGGUGCCUGCGCCGUGGACUCGGAUUGCGAGUACGGAGGAACUUGUGAUUUGACUACAUUGAUGUGCAUGUGUGCAACUGGGUACACUGGUACAACCUGUGGAACAGGUGCCUGCGCCGUGGACUCGGAUUGCGAGUACGGAGGAACUUGUGAUUUGACUACAUUGAUGUGCAUGUGUGCAACUGGGUACACUGGUACAACCUGUGGAACAGGUGCCUGCGCCGUGGACUCGGAUUGCGAGUACGGAGGAACUUGUGAUUUGACUACAUUGAUGUGCAUGUGUGCAACUGGGUACACUGGUACAACCUGUGGAACAGGUGCCUGCGCCGUGGACUCGGAUUGCGAGUACGGAGGAACUUGUGAUUUGACUACAUUGAUGUGCAUGUGUGCAACUGGGUACACUGGUACAACCUGUGGAACAGGUGCCUGCGCCGUGGACUCGGAUUGCGAGUACGGAGGAACUUGUGAUUUGACUACAUUGAUGUGCAUGUGUGCAACUGGGUACACUGGUACAACCUGUGGAACAGGUGCCUGCGCCGUGGACUCGGAUUGCGAGUACGGAGGAACUUGUGAUUUGACUACAUUGAUGUGCAUGUGUGCAACUGGGUACACUGGUACAACCUGUGGAACAGGUGCCUGCGCCGUGGACUCGGAUUGCGAGUACGGAGGAACUUGUGAUUUGACUACAUUGAUGUGCAUGUGUGCAACUGGGUACACUGGUACAACCUGUGGAACAGGUGCCUGCGCCGUGGACUCGGAUUGCGAGUACGGAGGAACUUGUGAUUUGACUACAUUGAUGUGCAUGUGUGCAACUGGGUACACUGGUACAACCUGUGGAACAGGUGCCUGCGCCGUGGACUCGGAUUGCGAGUACGGAGGAACUUGUGAUUUGACUACAUUGAUGUGCAUGUGUGCAACUGGGUACACUGGUACAACCUGUGGAACAGGUGCCUGCGCCGUGGACUCGGAUUGCGAGUACGGAGGAACUUGUGAUUUGACUACAUUGAUGUGCAUGUGUGCAACUGGGUACACUGGUACAACCUGUGGAACAGGUGCCUGCGCCGUGGACUCGGAUUGCGAGUACGGAGGAACUUGUGAUUUGACUACAUUGAUGUGCAUGUGUGCAACUGGGUACACUGGUACAACCUGUGGAACAGGUGCCUGCGCCGUGGACUCGGAUUGCGAGUACGGAGGAACUUGUGAUUUGACUACAUUGAUGUGCAUGUGUGCAACUGGGUACACUGGUACAACCUGUGGAACAGGUGCCUGCGCCGUGGACUCGGAUUGCGAGUACGGAGGAACUUGUGAUUUGACUACAUUGAUGUGCAUGUGUGCAACUGGGUACACUGGUACAACCUGUGGAACAGGUGCCUGCGCCGUGGACUCGGAUUGCGAGUACGGAGGAACUUGUGAUUUGACUACAUUGAUGUGCAUGUGUGCAACUGGGUACACUGGUACAACCUGUGGAACAGGUGCCUGCGCCGUGGACUCGGAUUGCGAGUACGGAGGAACUUGUGAUUUGACUACAUUGAUGUGCAUGUGUGCAACUGGGUACACUGGUACAACCUGUGGAACAGGUGCCUGCGCCGUGGACUCGGAUUGCGAGUACGGAGGAACUUGUGAUUUGACUACAUUGAUGUGCAUGUGUGCAACUGGGUACACUGGUACAACCUGUGGAACAGGUGCCUGCGCCGUGGACUCGGAUUGCGAGUACGGAGGAACUUGUGAUUUGACUACAUUGAUGUGCAUGUGUGCAACUGGGUACACUGGUACAACCUGUGGAACAGGUGCCUGCGCCGUGGACUCGGAUUGCGAGUACGGAGGAACUUGUGAUUUGACUACAUUGAUGUGCAUGUGUGCAACUGGGUACACUGGUACAACCUGUGGAACAGGUGCCUGCGCCGUGGACUCGGAUUGCGAGUACGGAGGAACUUGUGAUUUGACUACAUUGAUGUGCAUGUGUGCAACUGGGUACACUGGUACAACCUGUGGAACAGGUGCCUGCGCCGUGGACUCGGAUUGCGAGUACGGAGGAACUUGUGAUUUGACUACAUUGAUGUGCAUGUGUGCAACUGGGUACACUGGUACAACCUGUGGAACAGGUGCCUGCGCCGUGGACUCGGAUUGCGAGUACGGAGGAACUUGUGAUUUGACUACAUUGAUGUGCAUGUGUGCAACUGGGUACACUGGUACAACCUGUGGAACAGGUGCCUGCGCCGUGGACUCGGAUUGCGAGUACGGAGGAACUUGUGAUUUGACUACAUUGAUGUGCAUGUGUGCAACUGGGUACACUGGUACAACCUGUGGAACAGGUGUCUGCGCCGUGGACUCGGAUUGCGAGUACGGAGGAACUUGUGAUUUGACUACAUUGAUGUGCAUGUGUGCAACUGGGUACACUGGUACAACCUGUGGAACAGGUGCCUGCGCCGUGGACUCGGAUUGCGAGUAA